CAAGUGGCUCAGGGUUUUCUGCGACGCACAAGGCGUCGAUGCGAUGCACAGAGGCCAGGUCAAUGCGCUGCUAUGGAAGAACUACCUGGAGGACCGGCGUGCCAUGUGCUCCAAGUGCACGGACAUUUGCAGGCACACGUACCUGUGCACCUUCCUAGUCCUGCUGCUGUUUCUGUUCCCGCUGGGCUACCUCUCAGAUGUGGGUGGCAGGUUGGGCCCCUCGCGCAAGCCUGCUGCUGAGCGGGAGCCGGAAGUGGUGCAUUUCAUUACCUGGCAGGGAGGCAGAAAUGCGGAGUCUACAUUGGCCAGCUACGACCCCAUGGCCGGGAUUUACUUUCGAGAAUGGGACUACUCUGCCAUGUGUGGCAAGUGCCUCAAGAUCCUGCUUAAGGGCGCGCCUGCCGGAGCUUUCAAGAAGUAUGCGGCUCGGAGGCACAGCGCAUGGCUGAUGCUGGCAACACUCCCUCCUGCGAGAUCGGGUCUGUGCUGCAGAUCACCCAGGACAUGUCUGAGCCACAUUGCGCCGCAGUGGAGUGGUCCAGUGGGGAGCCCGAAUCCUUUACCAUCCACAUCAACCGCACUGUCGGACAGAUUAACGAGGAGGGCAAGUUCCACCCAACCGGUGACCGAUCGCGUGACGCAGGAAUGUUGAGAAAGAGAUGCAGCAAGACCAACUCGCAGGAGUGCCAGGACAUGUUUCGCCACGGUGACAGCCUGUAUGUGCCUGGCGCUGAACUAAGCCGUUGGAAGUACAAGCGGGCCGGGGUCACUAUCAGCUUGCAGAUCCUCGUGGGGGACUUUGCCACACGCAGCAAGCAAGUGGAUCCCAAGAUGGGCUACCCCUUCUCAGGAACGGCUCCUCACGCGAGCUUUGUGGCGAUGCCAUUUCCAGAGCGGGAAAUCAUCAAGCAGCGGUCCGUGAUCAGCCUAGGCGAUGGAGUGGGCAACGUGGCUGGCGCUUUAGUGUCCUUCAUCUUCAUGAUGAACGUCCUGGGCCAUGUGGCAAGGCUGGUGGCUGAGCGGGAUGAGAAGCGCAAGGAGGGCCUUCGAAUGGUAGGCUGCAGCCCCUUGGCUUACUACGGGCACUGGGUUGUCUAUGGAUGUUGUCAAUCGGCAGCGUAUUCCAUCAUGAACACCUUUUUGUGGUAUAGCUUGGGCGUGAUUUCGAACUACGCCGCCAUGCCAGCCUUCUUGAUGGCAUGCUUCCUUUUCUUCCUGGACUUGGCGCUUUUGGGCUUCGUCAUGUCCACCUUCCUGGGGACAGCUUUGAUGAGCCAGCUCCUUACCAUGGUGGUCUAUACCUGCACCUGCAGCCUGACGUUCCUUCCAAAGAUGCCCAAUGAUUGGCUGUUCAUGUUCAUUCCACAGGUCGCCUACAGCAAGGCCCUCGGCGUUUUCGUCACGAGGGAAAUUCACGGCUGGGAGGCGGAUUAUUCCGAGAGCGACAGCUACACUCUGCUGGGGACACUUUCCUGGCUGCUUUUGGACGCCAUCGUUUGGGGCCUGCUAUGGCUUUACUUGGACCAGGUCAUUCCGCACGGCGGCACCGUGCUCAAGCCCUGGUUCCCGUGCACUUCGGGCUACUGGCGAGGCGACGACGGCAUUGCGCGGCGGGAUGUCACAAAUUCUGAGGCCAGCGAUCCCUGGCUACUGAAUCAGGGCACAGAGGCAGACCAGGACCUGGAGGCGCCUGCGGAGGAGCCGGGGCGCCGGCGCUCGGUGGACGAGGCCUUGGCAGAGGAGGGCCGGAGCUCUUUGAUUGAAGCGGUGGACAGAGGAAUGAUCGCGCAAAUCCUGGCCAAGAACUGCGUGAAAGUUGACGACCUUUGCGUUUACUUCAAAGGGGCCUUCAACGAGGAGAUCCGUGCUGUGGAUGGCGUGAACUUGAUCAUGUUCCCCGGGGAGAUCUUCGCGCUGUUGGGCCACAACGGCGCAGGCAAGUCCACCACCAUGUCUGCACUCUGCGGGCUUCUCACGGCUAGCAGCGGAAGGAUCUCCAUCUUUGGGCAGUCCAUGCCGCAGGACAUCGCGAGCAUCCGCAAGUCUAUGGGCUUCUGCCCGCAGCACGACGUGCUCUUUCCAGCAUUGACGGUGGUAGAGCACAUCUCGCUGUUUAGUCGACUGGCCGGGCGGCCUGCGAGUGCAGAGGCAGAGGUGUUUAAGCUGGUUGCGGACAUUGGCCUCGAAUCGCGCGCCAACUUCCAGGUCACAGCGCUCUCGGGGGGCAUGAAGCGGAAGCUCUCGGUGGGCUUGGCCUUCUCAGGAGAUCCCAAGCUGGUGGUCCUCGAUGAGCCCACCAGCGGCAUGGAUCCCUUCAGCCGCCGGGGGCUUUGGGACUUCCUGAAGCUCCGCCGCCAAGGCCGUGUGAUGCUGCUGACCACACACUUCAUGGAUGAAGCGGGGGUCCUCGGCGACCGCGUGGCCAUCAUGCGGGCAGGCAAAGUGGAGGCAUGCGGCACCGGCGACUUUCUGAAACGGCGCUUUGGCUGCGGAUACGUCCUCACCAUCGUGAUGAAGGAAAGAGGUGACAGCCACGACCCGGUGAAGGAGCUGCUUGUGGCCAUUUUGGGCCCUGCACCGCAGAUCUCAGGCGUCGGGAAGGAGUUGCUGGUGAAUGUCCCCAUGGACUUGGAGCAACAGCUCUCCUCCUGCUUGGUGGCUCUCGCGGAGAAGAAGUCUGCUCUCUCGGUGGCGACCUUUGGCGUGUCCGUGUCCAACUUGGAGGAGGUGUUCCUCAAGGUCGCCAGCGGCGAGCAUGGCAACAAGCAGCAAGAAAUCGAGGCAGAGACGUCCUUUCAAGCAGCGAUGCAGGAGAUUCACAAUGAGCCACAGGGACCGUGCUUCGUGAUGCCCAAUCCAGGCGGCACGGUGGUUCAGCAGAUGCGGGGCUUGCUGGAGCGGCGUGUGGCCACGGCGGCGCGGGACAAGAAGACCUUCAACAUGGGCUGCCUGUGCCCGGUCGUGAUGCUCUUUUUCGCCACCUCUUUGGGCGCGAUGAUGGUCAGUGCCACCACUCCGGGGGCCGCAGGCGUGGGGGUGCCAAUUCAGCUGGAGAAGCUGGAAAUGACUAUCGCGACCAACCAGAAGGGCGAUUCGGAGGGUGCCACCUUCUUGGAGGAUGCGACGGAUGCGAGCGACGCUUUUGCCUGCAAGCCACCUUGGCGCGAUGAUCUUGAUCGCUGUUCCGUGUCGGACACGGCACGGGGCUUGGCCGCCGGAUACUUUCCGCAGGGCUACCUGGCGAAGUGCAUGUCGGAGGGCGUCUUGGAGACAGACUGCCGGAGGCGCUGGGUGAGAUAUCUCCUGGCCUUUGACAACCUCUUGAUGAAGCGUGCUGAGCAGAAACCUCAAGACAUAGGGCUGCUCUUUCUGGACGGCUUCCCGAUCAUCGCGUCCAACAUGAGCUAUGUGGCGCAUGGCUUUCCCUUGGCGGUAAACAAAGUCUUUGAGAAGGUAGCUGGGCUUGACAUGAAGCUGACAACCGAGGUGAUGCCCAUGACCAAGAAGGAGGCCGAAUACUACAGGUCGGUGAAUAUCGCCACCCAAGCCUCAGCGUCUUUUCUGGUUGCUGGCCUGAGCAACUUCGCCUUCUGCUUCGUUCCUGUGGCAGUCUUGGGCUACGUGCUCAUGGAGAAGAACCAGGAGGUGAAGCAUCAGCUGAUGAUCUCCGGGUGUUCCUCACGGGCCUACUGGUUCUCCAUGCUCCUUUGGGACUGCGUCUUUGCUGCAGUCCCUGUUUUGGCCCUCUAUGGCUUCUUGCAUUUCUAUGGCUUCGAGGCUUUCACGACGUAUUGGGAGACCUCCGUGACACUUCUGCUACUCUUUACUCCUGCGGCGGUAGGCUUGGCCUACUUGCUGUCCUUCGCCACCUCGAGCCCGGCCAUUGGAAACGUAUGCCUAAUGGUUUGCAACGGCGUCCUGGUGAUUUCCCUGGUCUUCUUAUUCUUGUUCUUCGACGUGUUUCUCAAGGCAAUUCCGGUGGUGCAGACGCUCUCCAACCAAGGCGAUGAGGGCAGCAUUGGCAACCUGACUGCCACGCUGAAAGGGGACUGCGCGGAGGUGACGGGCACGUAUCAGGCCCAGUGCCAAAUGAUGCGCAACGCGCAGGUUGCCGUGCCUAUCCUAAAGGGCUUGGGGUUCUUCCUCCCGGGCUUUAGCCUGCUGGACGGCCUGCUGCGCAUUACCGGGCGCCAUGUCUUCGUUACUCUUCUCUUCCCAUCGCUGCUGGAGAAAGCAGGCCUUCAGCUCUCCAGCAUGUUGGUGCAGGGAUCCAAGACGCGGCUACUGGGCGGCUGUGGAGAGGUGAUUGACGCGUCCACUGUGGGCAAAAUACCAGAUGUUGGCUGCGAGAACUUCGUCCCAAAGUUCACAAGGCAGGAGUUCAACCCAGAGAACUGUCUUCUGGGCCAGUGGGCGGCCAUGCUGGACAAGAGCCAAUUGGGCCAGCUCGGUGAGAAGAUGCUGAUGGCUAUGACAACAGUGGAGGCCAUGGGGCUGUCGCCGGAGGAGCAGCAGAAAGCGCUGGAGCAGCUCAGGAAGCAUGCGGCCUCUCCUUCGGUGUAUUUGGCCGGCAUGGGCAGCCAGCAGCUCAUCAAAAUGCUUCCAGAAGAGGAGAACAAAAUAUGGACAAGAGCGCAGUCCUGCCUGUCGCCGGUGGGCCGGGACCUCCAAGUCUUCGCUUCCAUUCUGGCAGCCCACGGCGACUUGCUGGGCAAGAGGAUCGACGGAAAAAUCCGGGAGUUCGCCGGCUCCCCGGCCGUCACCAAGAAUGCGGACCUCUUCCUGCCCCAUAUCAGUGGUGUCACCACCUGCACCGUGGGCCCAGUCUUCGGGCCCUUUCGCCUGGCCGACCUCCUGCCGAAUGUGCAAGUAGCCAACAUGACGCAGACGAUGCUGAAUUCCAGCAUCCAAUUCGGGCCGCUGAUGGUCAAGGUGCCCUGCAACAUGGGCCUGGAGGGCGACGGAGGGGACUUGAUUCAGAUGAUGGUGGAGAUACCCACCAUGGGCGGCUCUCAAGCUCGCUUAGCGAUCCUGUGUGUAUUUUUUCCAUUGCUGGCUAUUUGCCUGGAGGACUGCUCGGAGAGCCCGCGGAUCGCCAAGCGCUUUACCAAGAAGACGGAAGUGCCGCCGCAACUGCUGCGUUUGGAGGACGAGGAUGUGCAGGCGGAGAAGCAGCGGGUGGCAGACGUGGAUCCCCGAAAGCAGGUGAUGUACGUCCGCGGCUUGCGCAAAGCCUAUGGCUCGCUGCUGAGCUCGCAGGCCACCCAUGCGGUGCGCGGGGUCACCUGGGCCGCGGAUCAGGGGAUGGUUUUCGGCCUGCUGGGCGUCAACGGUGCAGGCAAGACCACCUCCUUCAAGCUCAUGUCAGGUAUCCUGACGCCGUCAGCUGGAGAGGUUCGCAUCCUCGGGAUCGACAUGGUCGAAGAGACGAGCCGAGCACGAAGAUUGAUCGGCUAUUGCCCGCAGUUUGACGCUUUGAUUCACGUCAUGACGGUGGAAUCCCACCUCUACCUCUACGGGCGAAUGAAAGGCCUGGUGGGCCGCGAUCUUCGGACGGCCGUGGAGGACAAGCUCACUGAGAUGCAGCUCCAGAUGUACCGCGCCCGCCGGGCCGGCACGCUCUCUGGAGGGAACAAGCGCAAGCUCUCGGUGGCAAUGGCUCUGAUUGGGGAGCCCCCAGUGAUCUUCCUGGACGAGCCGAGCACAGGCAUGGACCCCUUCGCCCGGCGCUUCAUGUGGUCAGUGAUCCAGGACGUGGCGGAGAAGCGGAAGCAGUCAGUGGUGGUACUCACCACGCACUCCAUGGAAGAAGCGGAGGCGCUCUGUAGCUACAUCGCCAUCCAAGUGGACGGUCAGUUCCGAUGUUUCGGAUCCGCCCAGCACCUCAAGUCCAAGUAUGGCCAAGGCUAUGAGGUGAGCGCCAAGUUUCAACCGGUGGACCGAGACGCGCUGACGCAGCUCGCGGCCAAGAUGGCGCCAGGCCGGGACUUGGACCGCAGCGGCUACACUAUGAUUUCCAGAGGGGAGGCGGUGCAGGCCUUGGAUCCCUCCAUGGUGGACGCAGCCAUCAAACCCUCGGGGCCGUUGCCGGAGGGUCAGCAGGAGGUGGCGGCGGAGGUGCUGGCUGAGUGGGCCGUCACCCAGCGCCGACUCGCGGACCUGAAAGGCUUCUUCGGUGCAAUUCCCGGCCUCGGGGAAUUGAACUUGGGCGAGGUCUUGGUGCUCGAAAGCCACGGCUCCUCGGUGCGCCUGCGAUUGCCGGGCUGUGGGGAGCAGCAGCUGCCGCCGCUCUUUGCCGCGCUCAGCCAGGAGAAGUCCCGGUUUGGGCUCAGCGACUUCGCGGUGUGCCAGUCAUCUUUGGAGCAGGUCUUCAACGGGUUUGCGGCAGAAGCAGGGGGCAGGGUCGACUAGUGCCCAGAUAUUGGAUCAAAUGCUGCAGGAACUUCAUCCCGCCGUAGCUCAGCGGAAUGCACGUUGAACAUGUACGACUCGAGCCGGAGCCUGCCAAAGCAAGCAGGGGUGCAUGGCCAGGGAUUU